AUGCUGCCACCAACCGAUGAAGACGACGAUUCAGGCCAUCAGGCCUCCCUAGCCUUGGUUGCAAGGCUGCCGCGCCUGCGCGUGGAGGACCCAUAUGGCGUUAUCGACGGCUCCAGCAUUGCCGAUCUGCACGAACUCUCGCAAUGGUUCUUCGCCAGCCAAGUCGACCCCAAGUCUUCUGGGCGCUGGGUCACUACAUCCUCCCAGGCCUGGGGUGAACACUUCUGGAAUGUAGCCUCGAGGUCGGACGUGAGCUUCAGCUUCCUCAUGCUCCUGGUCGUGCACAAGCGGACCGUCUUGUCUGGCCGCACUCAUCUAAAGGACUUUUAUCUCAUGCAAAGUCGGGUCAUCAAGUUGCUACAGCAGAAUGUUAACGAUGGCUUCGCAUCCGCCAACCCAGAGGCCGCCCUUGCCAUGUGUGGACUCGCCCUGUUUUCGCUUCGAGAGGGCGACCAUGCUACUGCAAGAGCCCACAUGACGGCUGUGCAAGCCCUGAAUCGAAUCCACUCUCUCCAAGGCGCUGCGUGCUGGGUCAUGUGCUCGUGGAUCGACCUGUUCAUCGCUACCGCGUUCGCAUGGCCUCCCUUUUUGCCCUACCGACUACCGUCGCCGGGCGACAAGCACACAAGUGCAACCCCGGGACGUUUGCAAGAGGCUCGCAGAAAUGCCCUCAAGGCGUCCAAGAGCAUACCUGACUUAGGCCCCGGGUAUGGUAGCCAAGGGACGUUCGAACUGCUUUCGAAGCUGAGCGAGGCCUGCUUCAUCGCAGAAGACAGGAAUAUCGUCACACAGGCCCCGUCCAAUUUACUCUACCUCAUAGCGUUCCAGCUAUGCCAACUCUCCAUCACGGCCAAGCCACAUGUUCGGGUGCUGAUCGUAGCAAUGCAAUUGUGCUGGCUCUCCGCCGCUAGAUUCUGGCUCCCUCAGGCAAGACCUCUGUGGCCAUCUCUUCUCGUCAGGCUGGACGCAUCGCUCCAAAGCUGUCCGGGAAUCGUCGCCGAGUGGCAAGAAGAAGGCUGUCUCGCUGGCCUGUUAUGGGUCUCGCUUGUCGGCUACCAAAAUUCCAGACAGUAUCUACCAGCUCUGGGUCUCCGCUUCCUCGCCAUCGCAAAAUGCACCCGCGAAUUGCUCGGCAUCACACGUCUCCACGACCUCCGACGACAAAUGUCUUCUUUCCCGGGUAUUCCCUUGGACAAGGAAGCCUCAGUGAGAACGCUCUGGGAGGCUAUCCGACCCAGUUCAUCUGCGCAGUGGGUCGCACUCACGGACGAGGACGUCGUGGAGCAGAACCCAACCUGUACGGACUUGUCGCAGUCGAAAAAGUUUGUUACGAUCUUCCAAUUCGAAACUUUGGAUGAUAGUGGUGUGCCCAGCUGCAGGCAUUGGUUGAACAAUUGGGGUCAGAAAACUGGUGAGGAUUGGAUUGACGAUUAG